AUGGGCCUCGUCCGGUCUGGGAAGGAGAUCUCGCUGCGGCCGAACCUGCUCGUGCUGGCAGCCGUGCUGCCAUCGUUGCCUUGCGCCUGGGCGCAGGGCCUUUCGCUGCGAAGGGUUGCAGCUGCGGCGGGCCUCGGCUGGGACAGGGUGGUGGCCAACCUUGUAGCGGCUUCGUGUGUGAAUGCCGGGCGGUGGGCCGUGUCUCUUCACCAGUUGCCCUUACGUUGCAGGGACGAGGUGUCCGUCGGAAUCGCGGUGGACUGCUGUGGUCAAGGCCGGCUCUGGGGCGGUGCGCUGCGGCUUUUGGUCUCGCUGCGCGCUGGGCGGCUAGAGACCUCCCAGACCGCCUUCGGGGCAACCGCGGCGCAGCAGUGGUCGCAGGCGCUCGCUUUGUUGCGGUGGUUGUGGCAAGUCGGAGAUCUCGAAGGUGCUGGCAGUGCCCUGCCGGCGGCCAUUCAGUCGUGCACUUCCACGGCGCCUGGACGGUGGUCCCUGGCAUUGUCUCUCACCCAUCACCCGACGGACUUGGCGCUCAACGCUGCGGUGGCUGCGGGUCAGCGCGGACAUGCCUGGCGAAUCUGCCUGGAACUGGUUCGAGGUUCCACCACAAGGCCCGACACCGUGGCCUUAAAUGCUGCCGCGAGCGCCCUGGCCUCGGGCUCACGCUGGCGCGAGGGCCUCUUGAUGGCUACCGAAGUGGCUGAGACCACGGUGGUGACCUUGGGCGCUUCGGUGCGGGCCGGUGACUUAGGCUCUGCUUGGCGCCUGGCUGUCGGCAUCGUUCGUUCGGCAAGCGUCUCUGUGCUGCAGAUUGGACAGGUCAUCUACGGAUCGGUUGCCAGCGCGUGCGAGCAAAAUUGCAAGUGGGCGCAGGAUGCUGAAUUCGAACGUGCAGCAGCGGAGAGCGCGGACUUAAAAGCAACGCUCGAAGUCACAGCGAAUGCAGCAUGCAUUCCCGCUGCUCGCACGGUCCCGUUCACAAGCCUUGCGAAGCAAAACGGCGGCCUGGAUGGCUCACCAAAUCAGAAAGUCGUGGAUGCUAAGAUAUGGUUGAGCGAGUUGGAGGCGCUCGGAAAGCCAUUGGAGGUAGUUUUCCACAUGCUCCCUUAUGUACAGACGGGCGCAGAGCAGCUUCUGCGCACGGCGGAAAGGGGCAACGUGGAAGAGGCCGAGGCAUCUCUUUUGCUCCCACAGGAGCCCAAUGCCACAGAUGCAGAUGGUGAAACUGCAGCAUUAAAGGCCAGCCGCGCAGGUCACAUGGAGAUGAUGCAGCUUCUGUCCUAUGCAGAUGCUGACAUGAAUAUCACCAGCUGCGAGGGCUCAGCACCGAUCACAGAAGCCGCGAGGAACGGACACAUCGAGGUCGUACAGUUCCUUCUCGAGAGCGGCGUGAACAAGGACAUCGGCAAUCAUUGGGGGGAGACGCCGCUGUACCUCGCUGCUAAGCACAAUCAUCAUGAGGUGGUCCAAAUCCUUCUUGAUGCGAAGGCAUGCAAGGACAGAGCAGCGUACGAUGGCAUGACACCGCUCUUGGUCGGAGCAUCCAGUGGUCACGAACAGACCGUGGCUGCCCUGCUACGAGCACGUGCCACCAAGAAUCGCUGCAAUGCAGACGGGGAGUCUCCACUUUUUUUGGCUUCCAAGUGGGGUCACAAGGAAGUUGUCCAUCGUCUGCUGCAGGCAAAUGCAGACAAGCACAAGGCGACGAAUUGUGGCGAGCUGCCGCUCUUCGCUGCAGCCAAGGAAGGCCACUUAGAGGCCGUCGCCCUUCUGACGGAGGGCCGAGGCGAUCGAGAG